UUGAAUGGAUGAUUUUGGCAACCAUCAUAGCUAACUGUAUCGUCCUGGCUCUGGAACAGCAUUUACCUGAGAAUGACAAAACUCCUCUUUCUGAGAGACUGGAUGAUACAGAGCCCUACUUCAUAGCCAUCUUCUGUUUUGAGUCAGGUAUAAAGAUUCUGGCUCUGGGCUUUGCCCUCCAUAAGGGCUCCUACCUGAGGAAUGGAUGGAACGCUAUGGACUUUGUAGUAGUGCUCACUGGUAUCUUGUCGGCGGUUGGCUCCGAAUUUGACCUGCGGACACUGAGAGCAGUCAGGGUUCUGCGACCACUUAAGUUGGUGUCAGGGAUUCCCAGCCUGCAGGUGGUACUCAAGUCCAUCAUGAAGGCUAUGAUCCCCCUGCUGCAGAUCGGACUGCUUCUCUUUGUGGCCAUUCUGAUGUUCGCCAUCAUCGGCCUUGAGUUCUAUAUGGGAAAGUUCCACACCACCUGUUUCGACAUCGCCACUGAUGAGAUUUAUGAUGAGUUGCCAUGCGGUACAGAGUUACCGUCCAGAUUGUGUCCUAAUGGGACCACGUGUAAAGGCUAUUGGCUGGGGCCCAACUAUGGGAUCACCCAAUUCGACAACAUUCUCUUUGCUGUCCUCACUGUAUUCCAAUGUAUCACCAUGGAGGGUUGGACCGAUAUGUUAUACUAUAGUAAUAAUGUAGAGGGAAGUGCCUGGAACUGGAUGUACUACAUCCCCCUCAUCAUCAUCGGGUCCUUCUUCAUGUUAAAUCUGGUGCUGGGCGUCCUCUCAGGAGAGUUUGCCAAAGAGAGAGAGCGAGUAGAGAACCGUGCAGAGUUCCUCAAAUUGAGACGCCAGCAGCAAAUAGAGAGAGAGCUAAACGGAUAUCUAGAAUGGAUCUGUAAAGCAGAGGAGGUCCUUCUGAAUGAGGAUGGUACCAUUUUUACCGGUACCGUCAAGACCAAGAACAAGAAGGAGCUUCUGAAUCCAGAGGAGGGGGAAGACGGUGGAGCUAAUGGAGACCCGUUUGGCCGAGGUGGUCUACAGGAUGGGUCCAACUACAAUAGGAACGAGCGGCGGAUCCGGUUCUUCAUCCGUAAGAUGGUGAAGACUCAGGCCUUCUACUGGACCGUCCUGAGUCUGGUGGGCCUCAACACCAUGUGUGUGGCGGUGGUACACUAUGAACAACCUGAGAUCCUCUCCGACUUUCUCUUCUAUGCAGAAUUUAUAUUCCUGGGUCUGUUCAUGUCAGAGAUGUGUAUUAAGAUGUAUGGCUUGGGGACAAGGCCCUACUUCAACUCCUCCUUCAACUGCUUUGACUGUGUUGUGAUCGUGGGCAGUAUAUUUGAGGUGAUAUACGCGGUCAUUAAGCCAGGGACAUCGUUUGGCAUCAGUGUGUUAAGAGCCCUCCGACUGCUCAGGAUCUUCAAAGUCACCAAGUACUGGGCCCCUCUACGUAACUUGGUGGUAUCAUUACUCAACUCUAUGAAGUCCAUCAUCAGUUUGCUCUUCCUCCUCUUCCUCUUCAUUGUCGUCUUUGCCCUUUUGGGCAUGCAGCUCUUCGGUGGACAGUUCAACUUUGAAGGUGGCACACCGGCCACCAACUUUGACACCUUUCCUGCAGCUAUAAUGACAGUAUUUCAGAUCCUGACGGGUGAAGACUGGAACAUGGUGAUGUAUGAUGGGAUCAAGUCUCAGGGAGGAGUAAACAGUGGAAUGGCCUACUCCGUCUUCUUCAUAGUGCUCACACUCUUCGGCAACUACACCCUGCUGAAUGUGUUCUUAGCUAUCGCUGUGGACAAUCUGGCCAAUGCUCAGGAGUUGACCAAGGAUGAGGAGGAGCAAGAAGAGGCAGCUAAUGCCAAGACAACCCUGCAGAAGGCCAAGGAGGUGGCUGAAGUUAGUCCUCUGUCUGCCGCUAACCUCUCCAUCGCUGCAGUGACAGUAAUAAAAACUGAGCGUAUCGAUGCCACAGGGAAUGUGCUUGACUGUAAGGAGCAGCAGAAGAAUAAUAAGGCUGGUGGUAAAUCCGUGUGGGAACAGAGGACCAGUGAGAUAAGGAGACAGAACCUGAUGACCAGCAGAGAGGCCCUGUACAACGAGAUGGACACGGAGGACUGGAAGGUCAGGGGAGAGGGGGAAGGAGAGGUGUCGUACCCCCAUCGUGCUGGGGACAUGAAGACCCACCUGGACCGUCCGCUGGUGGUCAACCCCCAGGACAACCGCAACAACAACACCAACAAGACCCGGCCCGGAGAGCCCCCUCUAGACCCGCAGGACACCCUGGGCCAGCAGAGGGCUGAAGAAUACAUCAGACGCCAGGCCUGCUACCAUCAGAGGAACAGGGGGGGUCAACCAAGGGGAGGUAGUGGCCCAGAGAGAGAGGCCUGUCUGGGGCACGGGGGGAGCAGAUUGUCCCUGCAGACGCUGGAGGGUAUUGAAGAAAGAAGGGACCAUGGAAGGAGAUGGGAGGAGGGAGGGAGAAGGCAUAAGUGUAAGGGGACAGAAGGGGUAGUGGUAGGGGAGGGGGGUGAGGUAGAGACGGAGGGGAGGAGGCCGAGGCGUCAUCGGCAUGGAGAGAGGAGCCGACAGCAUCGAGUUAGAAAAGACCACCACUGCAGUGGCCCCAACCUCUCCACCGCACGGCCCAUCCUCAGACAGGACAGUCAGUACAGGGAAGACCUAGACAACCUACUCAACAACAGCAAACUACACGACCACACCCUCCACCCGCUGCCCCCAGACCACCCUGACCUUGUGAAUAACCUCCUGAACCGCAGUGUGACAGCAGACACACACCACCAUAGUAUGGACAGUCUAAUUCUGACCAGUAUGGCCAAGCCGGCUCAUACGGUCGUGGAUAUGAUGCCUCCUGUCUAUCCAUAUCCCUCCACCAAUGCCAUCCUGCAAGUGAACAAGAAUGCUAACACAGACCAGAAAAAGAAGGAUGAGGAGAAGAAGGAGGAAGAGGAGGAUGAAGGGGCGAUGAAUGGUCCCAAACCAAUGCCCCCGUUCAGCUCCUGUUUCAUACUGUCCACCACCAACCCGUUCCGUAGGUGCUGCCACUACAUCCUGACCAGGAAGUACUUUGAGUUCAGUAUCCUGUCUGUGAUCGCAAUGAGCAGCAUCGCCCUGGCUGCAGAGGACCCUGUCUGGCCUGAGUCACCAAGCAACCAAGUGCUGAAAUACUUUGACUAUGUCUUCACGGGUGUCUUCACGUUUGAGAUGUUGAUCAAGAUGGUGGUACUAGGCCUGUUCUUACAUCAGGGUUCAUACUUCAGGGACCUGUGGAACAUCCUGGACUUUAUAGUGGUUAGUGGUGCUCUGGUGGCCUUCGCCUUCACGUAA